UUUGAAGAAAUCAUCUUUGCUCUCAAACCUUUUUUCGCGAGAGGCAGCCGGUAUCUUAAUUAAUUAAUUCAUUAACGCGGCUAUCGUUCAAUAUCAACAGAUUUUCCCUCGAAGGUUCAAUAUCCGGUGACGCAAUCGACCCACUUUUAUCUGUAAUGUGAGAACAAAUUUCCGAAACGGAUUUUUACUCAAAAACAAGAAAAAAAUUAAUUAAAUAAAUAAUCACUAACGAAUUAUCAUAACAGGAAGGUGUUCGGUUUUCAAGCUCAGAGAGAAAAACAAUUCUAUACAAAAUAUUUGGCUCGGUUGUUAUGGAAAAUGAUGAAUUUAUCUGAUACGAACGUAAAAGUAAUCGCAGGUUUUAUCACAUGUGGUUUAAUUAUCAAAGCAAUACACGUGUGUCAGCAUUUCAUUUAUUCAUUUUUUGCUACUGGUUAUUUUUUUUUUCUUUUUCUUACUAAAAUUUUAUUUAAAACAUCAAUCCCAUUUCCAAUUGGUGAAAGUACGUCGGUUCCGACGUAACUUUAAGAUCAGCCAACACGACUAAGAUGGAAUUAAAAUAUGCGUAUGACGCAUAAAUGAGAAAAAUAAUGUAUUCUAUUAUGUAUGUACAUUCCGGCUCGGUAUAGUAUAUCGAACAAGUGUGGUUUAAGGUGUGGGAUGUGGAUUUAACCGUAUCUUUUUGGAUGUUUUUCUUUCAACUAAUGUACCAUUGCUUGCAAUUAAGUUUCGACGAUGUAUACUUAUAUACAUGGCGAUAUAUUUCCUGUACCAUUUGAACGCAAAUUUAGCGCUCCUCAAUAUUCAUAGAUUAAAGCAGACGGCGAUUUCUAUGCUGCGACUAAUUUGGCGGCAAAAAUUUGUAAUUGGAGCUGCUAUACUGUUCUUCAUCGGCGUUUGCAUUGUUGUUUCAAAAACUGCAGAGACAACGUCACCGCCUGAUUACACGGACGAUUUCUUGAUUGCGAAACUCAGCGAAGAAGACAAGAGUAAUUACAAUAAUGAGAAUACCUCGAUGUUUGAUCCCGGGCUUUUGAAGGAGACAAGGGAGAGAUGGAUAGUUUCGAGGCAUAAUGCUUCGAUGCCUUAUAAUCUGGAGCAGCCAGCCGUGAUGGACCCAUCUAUGGGACAAGCGGAGAAGAUAAAUGGGAUCUUCAAAAACAUGACGAAUGGAUUUUUUAUAGAAUGCGGAGCUUUUGAUGGAGAAACAAGAAGCAACACUUUAUACUUUGAAAGAUAUCUGAACUGGACAGGACUUCUGAUAGAAGCAGACCCGGUGAACUUUCACCGAAUAACUCAGAAGAAUCGAAGAGCAUAUUUGUCAAAUACUUGUCUUAGCACAAAGAAAUAUCCAAUGACCGGAUACUUUUUGAUGGCUAAUAAUAUCGGCCGAUUACAUAUGCCCCAUGAACCCAGCGAUGGAGACGAUGACUUAGAAAACACUCCGGACGUAGCUCACCAUGGCGAGCAUGUCGAAGUCCAAUGUCUACCCUUGGCAACUUACAUUGCGGCACUCAACAUCGAAAGCGUGGAAUACCUCAGUCUUGACAUCGAAGGACUAGAGCUGGAUGUGCUGGAAACCAUUCCAUUCGACACGGUGAACAUAAAAGCACUUUCUGUCGAGUACAUCCACGACAAGAAAAGUCUCGAGGAAAUGACCACUUUGAUGGAAAAACAAGGUUACGAGGUUGACGACUUUGUUAUACGUGACGACAACCUAGCUAACGACGUGAUAUUUGUCAAAAAGGGCCUUAAAAUUUCGCCCAAGUGAAAACAAAGGUCCCAAGAGCAAGCAAAUUCUGACUGCGAUAUUCUGAAUAUGGCGGAUCUCUAGGAGCUUUUUUAUUCAGAAGAGGAUACCAGCCCUUUUUGAAUACCAACGCCGCUACCUGAAUUAUAAGUAUUUCGUCAGUUGACUGGCAUCGGUUUGCUGAAAUUUUUUAAAUUCCUAGGAGCUAGAGAGAAUGGAUUAGACUCAAUUGAUUCAAUCCUGGACCAGUAGUGUCAUGAAUUUGAUCGAUAGAAAGCUCUAGUUAAACAUUCCUACCAUUCGACUAGACUGAAAAAUGCUUCUCGGCAAUAACUGACUUUGGCCAAUUGAAUCGUAAUCGGAAAACAAACUGUAGGACAAAGUAUGGAAGUGGCCUUGAAAAAACUGAUGAUUUAUUAAAUAUUUAUUGACUAUAAGUGAUAACGUCGAUCUGUGAUAACGCAACAACCGGAUUGUUGUAAAAACAGCUAGCUCCUUUAAAAAUAGUUCUGUAUAUUUUACGGCUAAUUUAUCAACUUUGCUAAUAAAUAGAAAAUUGAUUAAAUAAUCGAAAAA